AGUAGUCUAUAUAUUUCAGCAGGAAAUGAAUAUCUGGUGGUAAAAAACGGGACAUUGCUAAUGUGUCUGAUGACAUCUCACAGCUUAUCUGAAUAUCGUGUCACGUGAUCAUCAGUGUGGGAGGCGUCAACCAGGCAGACAGACGUUGUUUGACCCCGGUGGUCGUGCAUGAAGCAGUAUCUAAAGAAAUGGCCACCGCAAAGAAAUUGACGGACAACCAUCUGACCUGUGUCAUCUGUACAGAAGUGUUCACAGACCCUGCCACACUUCAGUGUAAUCACGCAUUCUGUAGGUCCUGUUUGCUGAAAUACACCAAAACACAGCCUAAAGCAAUUCAAGCCAAGUCUAUUCCAUGUCCCUCCUGUAGACAGCUGACGAAGGUGGCCAACCCUGCUAGACCAGUAGAGGAGUGGGUCAGACAGCUGAAACCAAACCACAUUAUACAGAGUCUGAUGGACGAUUUGGGGGAAUCGUCAGAUACCUGUAGCGUGUGCAAAGAAGAUGGGGAGACAACUCCAGGUACAAUGUGGUGCACCAUUUGUGACGAGGUCUUCUGUGAUGGGUGUCUCCAGUUACACAAGAAGAUGCCACGGUUACGUGACCAUAAAGUGAUUGACUUACGUAUCCAUAGAAACGAGAAACCAAUGGCAUCAAGCUUUAUGUGCAGAAUUCACAAGGAUGAGAAGAUAAAACUGUUUUGUAAAGAUUGCAGGAUGGCAAUUUGUACUGUAUGCUGCAGUAUCAAACACAGGAAGUGUGAUGAUGUUGAAACCAUAGAUACAAUAACGCCUCUUGUAAAAGAAAGACUGAUAACUGAAACUAGAAACCAAGAGAAAAAAAUUGACACUUACACUGAUAAUAUUUCUUCAACAAAUUCGAAAAUUGAAAGGCUAUCGACGAACGCACGGGAGAUGAAAGACGAAGUUCAGAAAGUACGUAUGGCAGCUGUAGACGUUCUUCUGAAAAAAGAAAAGAAACUGCUGGAUCGUAUCGACCAACUCACUGAGAUACGUAUUGAAGAAUGGAAAGCCUACAGAAAGUUCCAGGAGAUUGAGCUCCAGAUGCACCAGCAGCGGUAUGAGUUCAUAGACAAAGCCGUGACGUCACACUGUGUAGCAGACAUGUAUGAUAUAUAUGAGUCUGUGGCUGUAGCAUCCAGAGAUGAGGACACAAGUGAGGACAAGAGACCAAUACCAUCCACCAUUUUCUUCACACAUGACACAGAUAAACUGAGGAGAUAUGUGGAUGAGGUGCAGCUGGGGGAGGUCAAGGUUGUUGGAGGUCUGUGUGACCGGACGUCUUCUCCUGUUCUCCUGAAAACAAUAGACUAUGGCAGACAGGGGGGCAUUCAGCCUUUUUCAAAGGUUUUGUUUGAUGUUGCAGUAUUAGUUGUUGAUGGUAUUAAGGUAACUGUUGUGAUAGACAGUUUUUAUAGGAGACUUCGUGCAUAUUAUACUUCAAACAAAAGACUCAUCGAGAAAUGUCUCGAUCUUCCCACUGGUCCAAAGCAAGUAGCUAAGGUUGGUGGAGCUCGGGUAGCUGUUACUCUGCCAGACACAAAACAAAUAGCUUUCAUCAGCUUUAACACUGAGCCCACACAAGUGUCAACUGUGAAGACAAAGAGGAAGUAUUAUGGGUUAGCCUGUCUGAACUCUUCACAACUGGUAGCAGGUGGUAUCGGCAGUCGUGCCUCUGUUGACGUGCUGGAUAUGAAAGGGAAUGUUCUUAAAUCUAUCAACACAGGUGUGAUAAAGAACCCAUCCUAUAUUCAUGUCACGAGAAAUAACAACUUGAUAUUCAGUGAUCCUGCAGUAAAAUCCCUGGUAUCUGCGACCUGUGAUGGUGAAGUUGUUUUCACCUACACCCCUUCAGGAGACAAAGCUCUGAAAUCUCCUUGGGGGGUCACAACAAGCAGCACAGGAGACAUCCUGCUUGUAGACAGGGACACCAAAAGGGUGAUUCAGUUGACAGAGUCGGGGCAGUUUGUCAGAGAUGUUCUCACACAACAUGAUCGCCUUGAGUGUACUCUUGGUAUCUGUCUGGAUGAUGAUGGCUUGCUUUACGUUACCAGCGAUUACCAUGUGAAAGUAUUCGCCUUUGUGAAGGAUUGACUGAAAUAGAUAGACAUUACUCUGCCAUGUAGAAGCUAGCUGUGAGCCACACAUACGCUGUAUACAAGACCUAAUUGAUUGCAAAUAGCCAAACUGCUUGUAAAACUGUGCUGAAUGAACCGGACAUUGGAGCGAAUUACUUUUGGGGACAACGACUGUUGUGUUUGACGUGCGUUUAGAUGGGUUGAGAACACACUGUGAGUGAUGGACAGGUACACUUGCAGCUGAUUUUUUCAACAUCGCUUCACCCGAUCCCUACAUAUGACUCCUGCGAUAGGACCGCAUCCGUGGUCUAGUGGUAGAUUGUCCGCUCGGAGAGCGGAAGGUCCGGGGUUCGAUCCCCGGCCGCGUUUUACCAAACGACGUCAAAAGAUAGUACUUCUUGUUACCAUGUCUGGCGCUCGACAUUAAGGGGCUAAAUAUACAACAAGGACUGAUCGGCUCUGAGUCAGUAUACUGUGUGUGUGUGGAGUCUUCAUGUUAAACUGCGGCAUGGUAUCUC